AAUGGCCGGAGUUUCGAGCAUCGGAGUGUUGCCGGAGGACUGUAUUUCGGCGAUUUUGUCACUCACAACUCCCUCCGACGCCGGGAAAUUGUCCCUCGUCUCGUCGACGUUCCGAUCNGCGGAAUCCGACGUCGUUUGGAGCAGAUUUUUGCCUAAAAACUAUGCUGAAAUCGUGGCCGCCUCUGAUAUCUCCGGCGAAUUGUCACUCUGUUCGAAGAGAGAAGCUUUCUUCCGACUCUGUUCUUCGAUCCUUAUCGACGGCGGCAGAAUACCGUCACCCAUUCUUACUAAGAAACUGAAAGAAACGGAGGGGACUAAACAGGAACANGCAGAAGUUGCAGAGCUCAGAGCGUCAAGCUGGGUGGAAAUCCAUGGAAGAACAAGAACAGGACGGCUGUCUCCGAACACAUUGUACGGAGCAUAUCUUGUGGUGAAGAUUUCAGAGAAAGGGUAUGGGUUGGAUUUGAUGCCAGCCCAAGUUUGUGUUCAAUUGGGGGAUGCGUUGCAGAGCUCCCAAGGCUCUGUUUGGCUGCGCCGCAAGGAACAGAGCAACCUUAAAAUGGAGUCUCUGUUUUAUGGGAAUCGGAGGGAGAGAGCCAUAAAGCUAUUCGCUGCUGAUUUGGGAGACAAUUUUGAUAGCAACGGAAUUAGGGAUGUCCGACAGAGAGAAGAUGGGUGGUCGGAGAUUGAAUUGGGAGAGUUCUUCACCGGAGAAGACGAUGAACACCUCACCAUGAGCUUCUUGGAGACCAAAGGCUUUCAGCUCAAAUCUGGACUUAUUGUUCAAGCCAUUCAAAUCCGGCCUAAACAUUAACCAACACGUCAAUCCCA